ACUCACGAGUCCUCCAGAAGAGUAUUAGUCAAAUUAGAUUUUGGAGGAUAUUACAGAAAGAUGCCGCAAUCAAGAUGCCACGAUGUCGAGAUUACAAGUCUCGCGCUCUAACUCCAGUUAGCUUUCGGUUGCCAGAUGGUUAUACACAAUUUGUGCCUGGAAUAACGUACGAAAAGGAAAAUGAAUGGAAUGUUGCUGGCUACAGGUGUUCUCUUGUUUGCAGCAGGUCUUCAUAGAACAGAAUGUAUGGUUUACCAUUUGGCCCUUCUAAGCAGACAUGGCAAUCAUUUAGAAUUACAAGAAAAGGUCGGCGAAAUUCAUUAUCAAAGUGAUGCAAGUGAACCCCAAAUGAUAAACGAAGUCGGUUGUGUUUGGCAAUCAGCGAAUUCAGUGGGUAAUAUCAAGAAAAUGUAUUUACCAAAAGACGGGUGUCUUCCUCUUUUGCCGGACGGGGUUGGCGUUCAUGCGACUGGUUUAAAGCUCGAGUCAAAUGACAACUUUACUUUGCACGUGUAUCAGUCAGAUGAUAAAGGCGCCCUCGCAGACGGAUAUCUUGCUAUACCGGACGAGCACCUCGGUUCGGAAUAUUACGUCAAUACUUAUUGUUCAACGGGAGGUUAUUGCCAGUUUGCUGUGACGGGUACUGUCGAUUCAACAUCGGUAAAUGUCGUGUUUCCCCGCAAUAUUCCGCCUGGUUCUAUCACUUGCAAUGGAACGAUAAUUUCAACCGGGGAACCGAUCUCGUUUAUUCUUAAUGAAAACGACGUUCUACAUAUUGAAAGUACCGAAAGUAAAGUUGACUUGUCGGGGACAUACAUAACGUCAAAUAAUAAUGUAGCAGUUUUCGUUGGUGCACGUGACGUACCAGGAAAAGACGGAAUGCCUGCUUUCAUGAUUGAACAAAUACCUCCCGUUAACAAAUGGGGUACCGAACACGUUGUCGCUCCAAAUUAUUUAAACGAUGCUGGAGAUAUCGUGAAAAUAAUAACUAAGGAUGUUGACACUACCAUUCACAUCCUCAGAUUUUCGCCUUUCACAAUUUCGAACGCGGGUGAAACAAUUGAAAGGCGAGUGGACUGGGAACUGUACAGUACUGUCAAAGCAACCAAACCAAUUCUCGUCAUCCAGGUUAUGUCCCUUGACAUCUAUAAUUAUACUUCGAUUGUGCACGGAAAUCCUGCUAUGGUGCUAGUCCCCCAUGUCGAGCAAUGGACAGACCGUAGCCUGUGGACGGACUGCUUACAAAAGACGCCACAUAAAAGUGUCCUGACCAUGACAGCUAAAAAGGAUGAGCUAUCAUCUAUUCCUUGGAGUCCGUCGCAGGAUUCUCAGUAUACUCAUUCGACAUAUAUAAACGCAUCCGAUUACAGCGUUCUUGUGGUUCGGACGGGCGCUUCCGAAAGUACUGAAAGACAAUCAAUGGGCUCAAAAUUUCGUGCUUUAUAUGGCUACUGUGACGGAGCAUCAGCUGUUUUGUACGAUGUUAAUUGGGAGUGGGAAAAUGAGAAAUGUGUAUUGUCUGUUCCCGCCCCUGGUGACGGCAUUGACAACGACUGUGACGGUAAAAUCGACGAGGAUACAUGUACAAAAGAUGACCUUGCCGUUUCGUUCAUUUCUACGCCAGAUCCCGGAACUUUUAAGACAACUUAUAAAACAAUAUAUGUUAAAAAGGCGUCCCCAGUCCAUUUUAGUGUUAAAAGUUGUGGCAUUGCAAAAAUUAUCCUGCAGACGAAAGCAGAGCCGAUCAUAACUACAAGCAUACAGAUUACAUCAUCAAGCGUUGUCAUACAGACAUGCUCACCCGCUUGCAUAGUGCAAACUGUCCUCCCCAUUUCCGUUUCCGAUUGUAAUACUAAACAAAAUUACGAAAUUCAUUGGUACAGACCAACGUCAUUGGUAGGAACUGAGCAUGUUUUUAAAAAUAGCACUGGCGAAAUGUACACUUUUAUAAUCGAUACCAAGACAAUCGAUUACGACGUAAUGCUUCUGACGUCAUUUACCAGUCCUGCUGAAUUUGUUGUUGAUCUACCUGAUAAAGACUGUAGCAAAGUGAUAAGCGGAGACAAAGCAGACAAUCACGGGACAACGUUUUUGGCACCAUUCCUUGGUCACAAUAAUUAUAAUAUAUAUCUAACAAAUCCAUUCUCAGAAAUCGCCAAGGUUCGAUUUCUGAAAGCCAGUGACAAGACGAUUCUUCUUGAUAAUGUUAUUGUUCCGUCUGUACAAACAUUAAUGAAGACAAGUGCCGAUCUUAGCAAUGAGAAGGUUGUAAUUAUUGAAUCAGACAAUGAAAUUUCGGUUUACGCAAUAAUGACCACCACCUGGUCGAAGAAAAUUGGAUUUUCAAUUUUACCCGUUGAUAUUCUUGGACCAAACUACCACGUCUACCUAGAUAGUUCGUAUGAGGCUGAUUCUACCCCAGAUUCUGCAACACUUUGCAGAGGAUUUUCCUUUCAUGACAACACCGAAUCAAACAUUGGACCUGUAAGCAACAUGAUUAAUAUAACAAAGGGAAUAUAUAACUCAGACCUUGGGCACCAAAAACGCAUUACAGCUAACCGCCCUAUGGCCGUAUUUUGUGGAGCAGACGACAACCUGGUACAGAUACCGCCACUCGAAUCACUGGGAACACAAUACUUUAUUCCGGAGAUACCUUACAACGCAGGUUCAGAAACUGCGGAAAUACGUUUGGUUGCAACCGAAGACAGUACCGUUGUUAUAAUACGGGGAAACUAUGAUAAUCUGGACACCGUUGAAAUGACAGGAAACAUCUUUUCUCGUAAAGUCGAACUUAAAACGGUCUAUAACAUUACGUCAACAAAGCCAAUUCAAGUACACCUUCUGUUACGAUCACUGGCUUCACCUAGCACAUGGGCAUCUGUGACGACAAUACCACCAGUGCAACAGUACAAGACCAAACAUUUCUUUCCGGGUUCCCUGACCAGCAUGGGAAUUGGCUUUGGUUUAAGGAUAGGUGUCGACGAAGACGGUCAACCAGUAGAACCACUACCUAUACAGAAUAUUAAUACUAUAAGCUCAAGUGCGGGAAUAUAUGUCUAUCAGAACACGUUCCUUUUGUACUUCUUAACUCGUGCCGACGUUGGCAGUUACAUAAUCGCCGGCGAUAUGUUGUACGAAGAUAUUAACAAAAUUUGCAACGUCACAGUUGGUUCCCCUGGUGACGGCAUAGAUAACGAUUGUGACGGUCUGGUAGACGAGGAGCAGUGCACAACUAAUAUAACAGCUGGUGAAAUAGACGCCGAUAUAGAUGGAAGUUUUAAUGAGGAUUGUGCUAGCGGAACAACUCCAUUUACUGCAACAAACAUAGACCUAGCCUUUACACCAGAGUCCGUGACAUGUCCAGUCAACUCUGGUACUGGAAAUGCGGGCGAAAGUGCUGCGACAGGCGACAUUUCUUCCGGAAAUAACAAUAGUGGAGGAAGUGUUAUCACCAUAAAUAACGGACUCGUAAAAAUGAACCCUCCAACUGUAACACCCGUCCUUGCUAAACCGCCAGGUUCACCACCGACUUAUCUUCCGCUUUCUGCAUCUGCAGUCGCUGUUGUGGUUCAAGGAACGGCCGCAACUACAGAGCCAACAGUAACUAAUACAACAAAAGAAAAUUGCGUGGCUGAUUGUAUAUGUCCAUGUGGAUGGGUUAAUCCACCAAAGAACUAUACACCCCAGGAGCUGCAGAUUGUUGUCAAGGAAAUACAGGAGAAACUGAGAGUAUCAAAGACAUCUCUGAGCUCCGUGAUUCGCUCAAAAAGUAGCGCACAGGACGGCAGAACAGAAGCCACCGCAGUAGGGAUUGCUGGGAUCAUUUUCAUUGUUGUUUUACUGGGAGCGGUUCUUCUGCUGGAUCUGGCCACAAUAACACGUGACCUCAGGCUAAUGGCGAACAAUCUGAGACAAGUGUUUCAACCCUGACUUCUAUUAGUCCAUGGAUACAUAGAACGGAUUACAAACUAUCUCUGUUGUUUUUAAGUUAUUAUAUUCCCACUAGGUAAUCUAGGCAUACAGUCUUUGACGAUGUUGAUUUGUAAAUGCUUUUUAAGUACUUAAUUGAGUUUUAUGACGGUUUUGUAUUUAAACAUUUUGAGUCAGCUGUUGGAUAAACGGCUGUGAAAUCUAGUCAGUGGAACAUUAUAUAUAUUCAUUGUAUUUCUAUUGGUACAUCAGACGUGUUUGCAUUAACAACCAUAACAAUGUUGAAUGUGGAAUCACUCAGUCUUUAAUCCAUCAAAUCUAUGAUGGAGAUUUUAGAUAAUAUAGGUAAGGAGCAAACAGAACGUACAGUCCGGUAUGAUUGCACGAAAUAUUUUAAACGGUUUCCAAGUCAAGUCAAGUCAAAUCAAUAACCUCAAACGUUUUAAGGGGUUUAACGACUCUUUAUCAAGGAGUUUGGUGUUUACUUUCUAAAACACAUUUCAAUUUUUUAUAUGCCCGAAAUAAUUUCGGGCAUAUUAUGUUAUACCCCCUGGCGUCCGUUCGUCCGUCCGUUAGCAAUUUGGUUUCCGGAGCAUAACUUAAGUUCCAUUCGGCCCACAGUAUUCAAACUUCAUAGGAUGAUUGUCCAUACUGGGUAGAAGACCCCUAUUGAUUUUGGGGUCACAAGGUCAAAGUCAAUAUCACACAGUUUCCGGAGCAUAACUUAAGUUCCGUUUGGCCCACAGUUUUAAACUUCAUAGGAUGAUUGUCCAUAUUGGGUAGAAUACCUCUAUUGAUUUUGGGGUCACAAGUUCAAGGUCACUAUUACUUUAAAACUGAAAACAGUUUCCGGAGCAUAACUUAAGUUCCAUGUGGCCCACAAUAUUCAAACUUCAUAGGAUGAUUGUCCAUAUCGGGUAGAAAACCCCUAUUGAUUUUGGUGUCCCAAGGUCACUAUAACCUUAAACUGAAAACAGUUUCCGGAACAAAACUUAAGUCCCAUUUGGCCCAUAGUGUUCAAACUUCAUAAGAUGAUUGUCCAUAUUGGGUAGGAUACCCCUAUUGAUUUUGGGGUCACAAGGUCAAAGUCACUAUAUUACCUCAAAACUGAAAACAGUUUCCAGAGCAUAACCCAAGUUCCAUUUGGCCCACACUAUUCAAACUUUAUAGGAGGAUUGCUAUUUGAAGGAGGUAAUACUUUAUUUAAUUUAAUGUAAUGUCUUACAAAUGAUUCAUCCUUACUAAAAAAAAAUACUUUCGGGCAUAUAAUACUCCGCCUAGCGGUGCUCUUGUUUUAUGUGUGACAUCAUUUUUUUAUCAUCGACAAAUUAAUUAUUUUGAUGUGACCAUUAAAUGAAAAGCUUUAUGUAAAAAAAAUUAUUUAACCUUUAGAAAAGCUGAGGACCGCUUUAAUAAUAUGACAUAUUUUAUUCAUCAAUAACUUUUUUAACUUGCAUUAGUUUGUUUUUGAACAGGGUGCAUUUCCAAUUAAAGCAAUAUAUAAACUGGUACCUUUUUGCACUCCUCUCUGUGUGUGUCUGCAUCUCAGUUGAUAUACUCUUAUAGGUACUGUCUUUCAUUAUUCUUAUUUAAACUCGGAAAAUUGUAAAUUGUAUGGAUACCUAUUUAAGUUAAUGUUGUUGAAUUAUUAUCUAUGUAUAUGCACCUAGUUUGAUCCGCUUCAUAGAUUACAUGUAGAUUAUGCUACUUAUCUCCCAUUUGAAAUGUUCAUCAAUUAUUACCAUGUUACCCAUGUUUUUUUCACAGUAACUAAUGUACAAAAGAUUAACUGAUAGUAUAUUUCAGGCUGUUUAUGCAUAAGUUAUGACAUAAUGCAUAAAUUGUGACAUCAUGAAUUAGUUAUGGCACAAUUAAAAUGUGACAUCAUGCUUAAGUUGCCACACGGUAAAAUUGCUUCCAUAGUGAUAUCAUGUUAGAAUUGUAACGGCAUGUUAAAAAAAAAUAUUUGAACCGUUUUUGUGACGUGUUAAAUUAUGUCAUCGUUUUAAAAUUACGAUUUGUUUAAAUCGCGAAUCAUAUUUAAAUUAUGACAUUUUGUUUCAAUUGUGUUUUCAGAAUUUAAUUGUGACAUCAUACUACACUUUGUUCGCGUAGCAAAAUGAUUGUUUGUUUUUAUAAAUAUGAUACUAGUAUAAUAUUUGACAUGUAACAUACUGUUUUUUUGUGACAUCACAUUUCGGUCUGUGUUUCGGUUUCGACAUCGAGUUUCGUUUUGUUUCUAUACUGUAAUGUAUUUUUGCCAAGAUUUGAGUCAGCUAGUAUUUAAUCGUGUAAAUGUGAUGAAAGUACGUUAAUGUGAGUUUUUUCUUCACGUUUACUCGUAUAAUCGAGUUUGUUAUAUAUUUUACAUGCUUUUUAUAGAUGUGUUUCAAAAUUUUAAACGCCAUCCGCUUGAAAAGCACGCGCUAAACAACAAAAUUGAAAGCUUUGCAGACUCAGACAACAGUGGAAAAUGUAAGCUACGGUCGGCAACCUCUUGCAUUGACUUAAAGACACAUUAUGCCCCAGAAAUUAAUACAUAUUUCUUUCUUUAAAAUAAAGCAAACGUGGGUUUAAUAAUGCUUUAAUAAUGGUUCUAGAGCAUGUAAGAUACUAACCACGCGAAACAGUACCAAUGAGUAUGAAAUAAUUUGUAAUAAAAGUAGCAAAAUGCAAACAAACAAAUACUCUAACUACCGUAAGACUAAAUUACUAUAAAUGUACUUAUUGAUAUAAAACAACUGAGGAAAGGGGAAUGGACAAUAAGUUACUUUUUAGAAACUUGUACAGAACACCACAAAUAAAUAAAACUUUCGAGAUAUUUUAUAGAAAAAAGAAUUCUGGUGCUUAAUAGACCUUUAAGCAGAACUCAACAACCAAACAUGAACACAUUUUAUAUUUAGAAAAUUUGUCUUCAAGUGAUUCAUUAUAGAAUUGAAGAAAAAUAUUGUGAGAAACUGAAGAGUUAAUUUGAUACAACAUGACCGUUAAACUUUAAAUAAAUGUUGCCUAGCAGCAGCUUCAAUAACCUAAAGAUUUUUUAGUGUAGUAUUGUUGGACAUUGUUAGACAGCACCACUGGCAACAUGCAAGUUGAAUGUUAGAAAGUUCAAGGUCUGUUUCUUUUAUAUACUAGCCGCAUUUUUUUUUUUUUGCUUUUUAGAAAAGCUAAACUCCGUUGUUCUGAAACUAUUAUUGAAGAAAAUUUAUAUAAAAUUUAUUCAAAAAUGAAUAAUAUUGGAUUACAUGUAUAUAAACAUUUUGUUUAAUAUUAAUAGGAGAAUUCAAGACAUAUCAUAUAUUGCCAUAGAAUGCCCAGAGGGACAUGUAUCACUCGUUUAUAAUCAGAAAAUCCAAGGAUCAUUACUUAUCAGUAACAUGAUUUUAAAGUUAAACAGUAUACUUUGGCAUUAAGAAAACGCUAUCCUUGGGUAAUAAUAAUUAUGAAGUUACAUAGGAGUCUUAUCGGAGUAUUCAAAUCAUAAACAUGGGUUAAUAUGGAUAUACAUCUAUUCUCUACAAGUUUAUGUAAUAUAAUGUAUACCAAUAUUUUACAAAGACAUUGAAAACUCGAUUUGGAUUACAGUUUUCUUUUUUGUCAUGAUUAGCUACAUUAUUUGAUUGGUAGAAACAUUAUGUGUUUGUUAUUGUUAUAAAUUUGAAGAUGUUAUUAUUAUCUAUUUACUUAAGAGGUAGCAUUUUAUAUAAUAAUUCACACAAAGGUAACAUUUUGUAGUUCUUAUUCACACAAGCGGUAGCCCAACGCUUAUUGCUUAUCUUCUUAACCAUUCACAUGCUGAAUUUAUGUAAUGGAUUCGUCCUGCUUUGACUUUGGAGCAGUAUAUUCCAAGUUUAAGGGAUGAAGAGCUACCAGCAGUAAAUAGAGGCUCGUCUGGCUCGAUACUAAGUGGCAAAGGCUUAUCACCUUGUAUUCAAGCAGGUAAAGGUAUGAAAACGUUCAUGUUUCGCUUCUCUUUGUGUGUACAAACAUCAUCUACUUUGUUCAUUUUGAAUAUAAAUUGAAACCUUUCAGUCUUGCCUGCUUCUGUUGUUUUUGGUAUAUUUUUUAAAAUAAACUAUUCUUGAAAAAUGCCUUGUUCACAAUUUUCUCUGUUCAUAUUGCCAAAAAAUAAUGAUAAAUAAAAACACAUCCUUCAAAUAGAACCAAACUUGAUGCUGGCGGUACAAAUGAUUGCAAACCACCUUGAUAUAGCCACAUAUAAAAAAUAAAUAAAAACGUUACCACAGAAAUAAUAUUUUUCAAUAGAAUAAAAACACCAAAUUGAAAAAUA